AACAAAAUUUGAAAAAGCAAAGUUGACAAAACCGUUAAUCGUGAAAUUAAAUCAUGGUUAAGAAGAAAUAAAUAUAUCGAUCAUUUAGGGAAUAUAAAUUUAAAGUGUGGUGAACGUGUUAAUGUUGGUAACAUGUUACUCCGCAUGAGACAUUUGUUACACAUAUUUCCGGUUUUGUAAAGUGAUUUUAACUCUAUUUUUUACGCGACAGGUUACUCGGACGUUGCUGUCCAUCAUUGGAAAAUAUUUAGGCACGAUUUCCAUGAGUGAUUUUCGAAAUACGCACAUUUUUGGGUGUCCAUUCGAGAUUCAAUGCGUAUAACAGUGACUCGAAUAAAUAUCACGGAAGGUAGUCAUCAAAUUUUAUCGAACAAACUAUUGUAUCGAAGAUUCUCUUGAAAUUUAUAAGAAUUGCAUAUGAAUGCAAAUUUCAAGUACUAAAAUUCAAGAAGAAAAUAUCGAUAGCUAUUUGAUAUACAACUAAAGCCAAUCAAAGAGUUAUCAUUUUCAAAUACUGAGAGAAAAUGUCUGAAACCAAUGAUGGUGCCGGUACAAACAACACUUGUGUUGUUUGCUAUAAAAAUGUUGAAAUAUUUAGUAUUGGCAAAUGUGAUCAUCCAGUCUGCCAUGAGUGCAGUACACGCAUGAGGGUAUUAUGCCGACAAAAUGAAUGCCCAAUAUGUCGUCAAGACUUGCCAAAAGUUGUCUUUACACGUAACAUCAAACCCUUCCGACAUCUUAGAAAAGGAAACUUGCUGGAUGCCCGAUACAAUAUAUAUUUUGACAGUGAAGAUCUCCAGGAAAAGUUUGUAAUGUUGUUAGCACACACAUGCACUAUGUGCAAGGAAAGGCAGGUUUUCAGCAAUUUUACCAGUCUAAAAGAUCACAUGAGAAGAACGCACGAGCUACAUUAUUGCGAACUUUGCGUAGAAAAUUUAAAGAUUUUCUCCCAUGAAAGGCGCUGCUAUACCAGGUCAGACCUUGCCCAACAUCGUAGGAAAGGUGAUCUGGAUGAUAAGAGUCACAAAGGCCAUCCUCUCUGCGAAUUCUGUGACCAACGAUACAUGGACAAUGAUGAGCUCUUUCGUCACUUGCGCAAGGACCAUUUGUACUGCCAUUUUUGCGAUGCAGACGGACUCCAUCAGUACUAUAGUUCGUACGACUAUUUGCGCGACCAUUUUAGGCUAGAGCACUUCCUCUGCGAGGAAGGUUCAUGUGCAACCGAGGAGUUCACUAGCGUCUUUAGGACGGAUAUUGAUCUGAAAGCGCACAAGGCCAGCACUCAUGGUAAACAGUUGGGCAAAGCAGCAGCAAAGCAGGCUAGGACGUUAGAGUUCGAGUUUACCUUGGCGCCACGUGGUGAUAAUCGAAAUCACAGAAGACCACCAGGAUCGCACAGUGCCAGGAACUCUAGAGAUUACAACAGCGGCAGAGACUACAAUAGCGGUAGAGAUUAUAACGCCGGCAGAGACUACAGUUCCAGAAAUUAUCAUCAGGAAGAUGGUGCUGUAGGAGGUUUAGAAUAUUUCCUUGCAGAACAAGAGCCGAUGUUCGUUCGUCAACCAUCUGUAGAUGUUCAGAGUACCCAGGAGUUUCCCACGCUGGGUAACGCAAGUGCGCCCAUACCGAAUGUUGCUCAACAGAAGAGUCGAGGGAACGUAACGAUCCGCAGCACCCUGAGGCCUCAACCAUUAUCUGUAACCGAUGAAAACUUUCCAGCCCUGGGACCGGAAUCAACAAGUACUGGUACCAUUUCUAAAACCGUUAAUCUCAGCGUGUCUAGUUCCAACAAACCUGGUCCUAGUAGGAUGCAACGUCAGCAAGGUACAUCCUCCAACUUGUCCAUCCGUGUUAAUCACAAACCUAAUGGUACCGUGACGACGAGAGUAUCUGGUCCUAAUAUUCGCAUUCGACCAUCUACCUUAUCGAUGGACUCGGACUUUCCUGCAUUAGGGCAUGCUGAACCAUCUACGAGUACAAACACUGCACAGUGGACUAAGGUGACCUGUUUAAAACCAGCCCAAAAUCCUACAACAAAAUCAAAGAAAGUCGCUUCACCGCCUCUGGCUCCUUCGCCUCCACCUAUUCAAUCAGGAGAAGAUUUCCCUAGCUUAUUAAAGCCGUCGAAGUCGAAAAAACAGUCAACCAUAUCCGUUGUGCCUGCUACACCUACCUGGACUCAGCCACAGUGUUCAGAUAACUCAGAAGCAAAAACCACGAAUGAUGUGAUGAAAGGCAAAGCGAAAAAGAAAAAAGCUAAACAAAAUUCUAAUGGCAAUAGUUCUAGCGGUAACGAGUUCAGUGGUUCAAAAACAAAUUCAAACAGUAUGCCAGCAGAGAAAGAAACGUCAAAGAAGACCAACGAUACCUCGAAAAAGACGAAGACGUCAUCGAAGAACGAUAAUACAAAUAAUAAAACCAGAAAUACCCCAUCGACUUCAACGGACUGCCAAGAAAAUUCUGUGAGAUUCGGCAAAACUACAGAGACAACAAAGAAGGACGAGGAGCAAACGAAAAAGGACAAGAAGAAGAACAAGAAUAAUACAAAUGAAGAUACUACGCCAUCCGCCACGAAUUCUUCAAGUAAUAUUUCCGGUUCUACCAGUACCAGUUCUAAUGGUGUCCAAAGGAAGCGCUCAGAAUUGAAAAUAGACAGUUUGAACUCGACAAUUAACAAUAUUAAUAAACCGGAGGACUUUCCAGCGUUAGGAACAAAUACAAGCAGACCACCAGGAUUUACGAAUCCACCGCCAGGAUUCACAUCAGCGCCACUACCUCCACCCGGCUUCUACGUCAAGCUCAAUAGCGUGCAACAACCGGAGACCAAUAACGGUUUAACGUUUACUAAUAGUUCCGGGGAGAGUUAUUCUAUUCUGCCAAAUAGCGAAAAAGAGGAGGAAAAUGUAUAUAGUUACGUACCGCCACCUGAUUUUCCAAAACGGAACAAAAAUCUCGUGGCUAAAGUAACGGAAGUUCUGGGCCAACAAGAACAAAUAGACGAGUUCCGGUACCUGAGUGGAUUAUUUCGACAAGGAACCUGCAGCGCAGAGGAUUAUUACAACCACUGUCGAGAUGCUAUGGGUUUAUCAGCUUUUGGCAGCGUAUUUUCAGAAUUACUUGUGCUUCUACCAGACAUUGAUAAGCAGCAGGAACUCUUCAAAGUCCAUAAAAAGGAAGGUGCGGGCAAGGUCAAAGGUUUAGAAAUGUGUGCGACCUGUGGUCAAGUACUAAAAAAUGGUUCGGAUCUCAGAGCUCAUCUAAGCAGUCACACUCUGGAAAAUCAUUUUCCUGUCUUAGGUAAAGCUGCACCGGUACAGAAUAAUGCCUGGGUGAAAAAGUGAACGCAGCCAAUAAAAUACCGAGGAAUAUAUAUUAUAGGUAGAUGAAAACAAUGGAUUAUCAUUAAGCUGAUGUUACGCGUGAACUACAUUAAUGAGUCUGCGAGAUGACAGUGAUACCAGGGUAAUAGAGUUUAAUAAUGAAGCGUGACUAAAAUUGUAGCAGCGUGUAACAGUCGCUUAACGAUACCAACAAUUUAAUGUUUAUGCCAUUUUUCUCGCGGUUUUGGAAGACUAUAAUUUUUCCUAAAAACCAUGAAAAGUCAACUAAACCUUUUUUACCCUUUCGAUCAAUCGCAUUAAGGAUAAUAUCAAAAAUCUUCUAACGUUAUCAACCUGUUGACAAACUCCGCCUAGAUUAUCUGAAUUAGAGCCGCUCUAUGCUUAUCAGAUAACGAUACUACUGUGAAAAAAAAGUUUAAAUACAAUUUCAUAGAGAAAGUUACUGGCUAAAUAUGGAUGAAGAUAUGCAGGGUGUCUCUUUAAGUUUUACAAUUUACAAAAAUAAUGAAAACUAUAUACAUUGGUUAAUGUUCUGACAGAUCAAUUCGAACGUAAUCUGUAAGAUAUAUAUGUUUACUUUUUAUUUUAUCAUUUAAUACAUACGUGUUCCGAGACCGUCGAGAAAUUAAGCGCAUGACAAUUCACGAACCAAGUGGUAGGCGUUCGCGAAUAACGAUGUUUUACGCGAAUACUUUGUAAUUUACGUGAAAUACGUAAACGCCGUGGCGUAAUGUACAUAAGUAUCUAGAAUUGUAAUUAAGAUUUCUCGUGUAAUUAUUUUGUGGCCGUUUGUGGAUGUAGAAGAGCUCUGUAAUAUCGAACAACGCAAACAGAUAACACCAAAUGUUAACAGAAAUCGUUUAAUACAUUUUAGAGAAACUCUUGUUGUACGACGAAAGUGCUGUUUUGUACAAUAAUAAAGUUAUACGUAAGGAUCUAA